UCCGUCAGCCGUAAACAAUUUUCAACAGUGGCCGAUCCUAAUCUCGCGACUGACGUUUGAGACGGUUUAUUAUAUGUUAUUAAUGAUCGUAGCCGAGCGUUUUAAAAUAAUUUCGUAUUAAAUUACGUCAGACCGCGUUCCGCCUCGUGUACGUUCAGUGUUAUCGUUUUUUCCGCAUCGGUUUGUUGUUUGUCGUCGUCGUCGCCGUCACCGUUCGUGCAUUACUUUAGCUAGAGAGAGAGAGAGAGAGCGAAGAGAGGUUAAUUUUGGCGAUGGGAAACGUUCAUACUUGCGGCCCGAAUGAAGCUCUCGUGGUGUCGGGAGGAUGCUGCGGUUCGAUGAGGAAAAGGACUAUCGUCGGCGGGUACGCGUUCACUUGGUGGUUCGUCACCGAUGUGCAGCGACUGUCCCUGGAGGUGAUGACCCUAAAUCCGGUGUGCGAGAGCGUGGAAACGGCCCAGGGUGUACCUCUGACCGUCACCGUGGCACAGUGCAAAAUCAUGAAGGCCGACGAAUUGUUGCACACUGCCAGCGAACAGUUUCUCGGAAAGAGCGUCCACGAGAUCAAAUCCACCAUUUUGUCCACCUUGGAGGGUCAUCUGCGAGCUAUACUAGGAACGCUCUCGGUGGAGGAAGUCUACAAGGAUCGAGAUCAAUUCGCAGCUCUUGUACGGGAAGUCGGCCCGGAUGUUGGCCGGAUGGGUAUCGAGAUCCUUUCAUUCACUAUAAAGGACGUUUACGAUGAUGUCCAGUACUUGACAUCGCUAGGUAAAGCCCAGACAGCUGCUGUUAAAAGAGACGCCGAUGUUGGUGUCGCCGAAGCAAAUCGAGAUGCCGGUAUCAGGGAAGCAGAAUGCGAGAAAUCGGCAAUGGACAUAAAAUAUAAUACUGAUACGAAGAUAGAGGACAACGCGAGACUCUAUCAAUUGCAGAAAGCUAACUUUGAUCAGGAAGUGAACACAGCUAAAGCCGAGGCUCAGUUGGCUUAUGAACUUCAAGCAGCGAAGAUAAAACAGCGAAUACGAAAUGAAGAAAUACAGAUCGAAGUUGUAGAAAGGCGCAAGCAAAUCGAGGUCGAGGAGCAAGAAGUUCGUCGAAAAGAACACGAACUUCAGAGCACAGUUCGGUUACCAGCCGAGGCUGAGUAUUAUAAAAUGGGAAGAAUAGCCGAGGGAAAAAGAACUCAGACUGUGAACGUAGCGAAAGCCGAGGCUGAGAAGAUUCGACUGCUCGGAGAGGCUGAUGCUUAUGCUCUCGAAGCUGUCGGUGUCUCGGAAGCUGAACGUAUGCGAAUGAAAGCGGCGGUUUAUAAGAAGUACGGUGAAGCCGCUAUACUCAAUAUCACUCUGAAUGCCUUGCCAAAAAUCGCGGCCGAAGUCGCGGCGCCGCUAGCGCGAACGGAAGAAAUCGUGCUUCUAGGCGGAAGCGACGCGACCGGCGGAGAAUUUACACGUCUUGUAGGACAAGUGCCACCAGCUGUACACGCAUUGACUGGGGUAGAUCUUUCCAAAGUUUUAGGAAAAAUACCAGGCGCAAAGUAAUGCGGAACAAUGAUGUGAGUUCAAGGACGGCGAUCGGGCGAACGACCUUGGGUUUAAUUUUGAGAAGAAGUGCAAAAUCUAUACUGCCAAAGGUUUCUCCGCUCUGCUGUAUAUGUCGACGAUACUCUACCCUUUUUCCUCUCCCUCUCUCUCUCUCUUUCUAUAUAUAAUCCUACAAAUUUUACUCUACCUCAAAUUUAACCAGAACAAAAAACGGCAAAUGCCUGCACGCCAGCGGACACGCUUUGUCACCCCUUUACCGCGCAAAUCAAUCAAUUUUCCUUGUUUUUUAUUUCAUACACAAUGCAUAUACAGCGUGCGAUAAUAUUCCUUUAUACUUCUUUAUGAAUUUUCAAGAAUCAUUGUAAUCAACUUGCUU